UUUUAAAUGCAUCCUGUUCACAAAAGCAUCAGUUAUCACAAUGAAAUGAGCGAGGAAGUGUUACUACUCUGAACUUUGACACUUUCACCACAGAAACCUGCCAACAUAUUGGUAAUGGGAGAAGGUCCUGAAAGAGGACGUGUGAAGAUAGCUGAUAUGGGUUUUGCACGGCUCUUCAACUCACCACUGAAGCCUUUAGCAGAUCUGGAUCCUGUAGUUGUUACGUUCUGGUACAGAGCACCAGAGCUGCUGCUGGGAGCCAGGCACUACACCAAAGCCAUCGAUAUCUGGGCGAUUGGCUGUAUCUUUGCUGAGCUUUUGACCUCAGAGCCUAUCUUCCACUGUCGACAGGAGGACAUUAAGACCAGUAACCCCUACCAUCACGAUCAGCUGGACCGGAUCUUUAAUGUCAUGGGCUUUCCUGCAGAUAAAGACUGGGAGGACAUAAAGAAGAUGCCGGAACACUCUACGUUGAUGAAAGACUUUAGGAGGAAUACGUACACUAACUGCAGCCUUAUAAAAUAUAUGGAGAAACAUAAAGUCAAACCUGACAGCAAAGCAUUCCACUUGCUGCAAAAGCUGCUUACUAUGGACCCGAUCCGCCGAAUCACAUCUGAGCAGGCCAUGCAAGACCCGUACUUCCUGGAGGAGCCUUUACCCACGUCUGAUGUCUUCGCUGGCUGCCAGAUUCCUUAUCCCAAACGAGAAUUCCUGACGGAAGAAGAACCGGAAGACAAGGCAGACAAAGUAAGAAAUAAAAACCAGCAGCAACUGCAGCAGGGGAACAACCACACCAAUGGGGCGGGGCACACAGGUAACCCUGACAACAGCCACGCACAAGGCCCGCCUCUGAAGAAGGUGAGAGUGGUUCCGCCCACUACUACCUCAAGUGGCCUGAUCAUGACCUCAGAUUACCAGCGCUCCAAUCCACAUGCUGCCUACCAGAACCCAGGACCAAGCACAUCAUUGCCCCAAAGCAGCAUGGGAUACUCCUCUACCUCCCAGCAGCCUCCACAGUACUCGCACCAGACCCACCGCUACUGAGGCAGGCCACGCCCCCCUCUCACAGUGCCCAACAGGGAGAAUGUACUUAGGGAGGCGGGUGUGGACCUGAGCCGAGCCGAGCCGCCCCACCCACUGGCUUUGCUGUGCAGCAUUUCCACCGCAGGAACAGUAACUGUAACUGUAACCUAACAAAACAUCACCAUGUCAUACAGCCGACAUUAUCCUCCGCUGACAACAGUAAAAAAAAUUAAUAAAUAAUAGACUUUAAGUGAAAACAAAUGAAAAAAGCUGAUGAAAAGCGGAUAUUUGUUCCAUUGGUGAUAGUUCAAGUCUUUGCUGCAAGUCUGUGAUAUUUCACGAAAAAGAAAAACACAAAAAAAGCAACAAACAUUCUCAAUAUGUGGUACUGAACAGCUGCACUAUGUAGUGAGACUGGUUUGGAGCGAGGUGGAGAUCCACCGUACCAUCCAAUCUCUUUAGCCCCAGUCCUUCUUGCCCUCACUUUUGAAAUCCGUUGGCCUCUCCAAGACUUAAAGCUGCUAUGUGACUGCCAGCAAAGACAGAAUGACGUAUGUCAGUCUGUCUGUCUCUCCGUCUGCCCUUAUACACACACACACACACACACACACACACA